GACAUAACUUUGCAGUAGAGGAGAUCCGAUCCAACAAAAUUUGGUCAAGAGAAAAUGGGUGAGCCUGAUGAUAUACGCUCCGCCCCUAUAACCCCAAGAUCGGCUUCUAUCAGACCGAUACCGCCCAUUUCAGCUCCUCCAUCGCAGUUCCAUUCCCCGUCUCUGUCCCGGUCCCCGCUCCUAUCCACCGGCGACCAUCCGGCAGCUGCAACCAAAACCCCCAACAAAUCUCGAACGCCGCGGUUCAUUACUCCAUUGGGGAGUCCACUCAGAAAGGCUCUGCACCUCACAAAACUAGAUCCUCAAGAUGCUUGGCUCCCAAUCACCGAGUCAAGAAACGGAAACGCUUACUAUGCAGCAUUUCAUACUCUUUGUUCAGGAAUUGGGAUUCAAGCUCUUAUCCUCCCUGUUGCCUUCACCAUUCUUGGGUGGACAUGGGGAAUCAUAUGCUUGACUCUAGCAUUCAUAUGGCAACUUUACACUCUAUACUUACUGGUUCAACUCCAUGAGUCAACUGAAACUGGGAUGCGCUAUAGCAGAUACAUGCAACUAUUCAGUGCAACUUUUGGAGAGAAGCUAGCCAAUUUUAUAGCCCUAUUUCCGAUCAUGUACCUAGCAGGAGGUACAUGUGUGGCUCUGAUCAUCAUCGGAGGUUCAACGUCAAAGAUGUUCUUCCAGAUUGUGUGUGGGACCACAUGCACUGUCGAAACUUUAACGACUGUGGAGUGGUACCUGGUGUUUACAUGUGCUGCAGUGCUGCUCUCUCAGCUGCCCAACUUGAAUUCUAUUGCCGGUGUGUCACUGGUCGGUGCCAUCACCGCGGUUGGAUACUGUACACUCAUGUGGGCGGUGUCGGUGGCGGAGGGAAGGCUUCCGAACGUGUCCUACAAUCCGGUGAAAGCCAACAGCCAGCUUGUUAGGGUUUUCGAUCUUCUGAAUGCACUUGGGAUCAUUGCUUUUGCUUUCAGAGGCCACAAUCUAAUACUUGAGAUACAGGCCACUAUGCCUUCAAGUGAAAAACAUCCCUCUCGAGUGCCAAUGUGGAGAGGUGUCAAAUUUGCCUAUGCACUCAUAGCAAUGUGCAUAUUUCCCCUUGCAAUCGGUGGCUAUUGGGCUUAUGGUCAUAUGAUACCAGAAAAUGGAGGCAUGCUAACAGCAUUGUACGCGUUCCAUGGAAAAGAUGCCUCACAAUUCAUUCUAGGACUAACAAGCUUAUUUGUGAUAAUAAAUGCGGUGAGCUCUUUCCAAAUCUAUGGCAUGCCAAUGUUCGACGACAUGGAGUCCAAGUACACGAUGAGGAUGAAGAAGCCAUGCCCAUGGUGGCUCCGGGCAAUUUUUAGGGCCAUGUUUGGAUACGGAUGCUUCUUUGUUGCCGUGGCAAUCCCCUUCCUGGGAAGCCUAGCGGGACUAAUUGGAGGGAUAGCAUUACCAGUGACUUUAGCUUAUCCAUGUUUUAUGUGGCUCAAGGUUAAGAAGCCCAAGGUUUACAGCCCAAUCUGGUGGCUAAACUGGGGUUUGGGUCUCCUAGGAAUGGGUCUAAGUGCGGUAUUAAUUGCAGCUGGGGUGUAUGUUGUCAUUGACACUGGUAUUGAAGUGAGCUUCUUUAAGCCUCACUAAGUACAUUACUACUACUAAUUUAGAUAAGAAUUGGGAGUGGGGGCCGGGUUUAUGAUUUGGAAUUGGGAAUAACCAUAUCUAUAUUUGUUUAUAUGUAAUUGUGGUUUCGAUUCAAAAAAAAAAGUGUAUCCACAGAAAUAGUAUUUUUCAAUUCCAUCAAGAUUUUCAACGUACUU